CAUUUCCUGUUAACCGAAUAACUUCGAUACUAACUUCUCGUCAGUGAACACGUUUAGUGAAAAGUGCAAAACAAAAAAACGGAAAAUUUUCCAAACCGAAACUAAAAAAAAAAACAGUGCAGCGGAAACCCCUCAGAUCAGUGUGAUUUUGGAAUAGCUAUAGAAAAGUCUAUAUCUGAUAUCUGCACAUUUGAACUUACUUCGCCUACCUACGACAAAUCUAGUUCCGUAUUCGCAAAGCAGCUCCAUACUUAAUUCCCGAACAGCCAACCACUAGCACAGGAAACAUGUCUAUUGCUCAGGGCGACAAGGAAAUUCCAAUGAAUCAAGCAGAAGAUGCUAGAGACAAUGCCAUGCUUAACUGGAUCGACAUGGUGCAGCAGUCGCCGGACCAGCUGCCCCGCCGUUUGCCCUCCAGCCGCAUGAGGCAUCGGAAUUUUCGAAGUUUGCCCAAAUUUACACACCCGAUAUUCCGUGACCAACUCCGCCGUGCCAGACGCUUGAGCAACAUGGAUCUGCCGCCUAUGAUGGAAUUCUUUCGUAAAGUGUCAGAUGUAGCCACCGGCGAGAUUUCCCAAAAACAUCUACAAAUUAUGAUUUUCUUGUCCCUUGUUCUGAUUCCAUCCAUCAUGGAGCUGGGACCGCGCAUCGACUUUCCGGACCACUGGCGACAGACUGGAUUACUCCGCUUCGUCAAGCGCCGUCCUCUGUCCAUGUCCUUUCCAGGCAACGUAUGCCAGGUUCUUAUUCGCUGCACUCUGGAUGCCAUUAUUCCGAUGAUUUGUAUACACAGUACGGCAAAUCCCAAUCGGUUCAAGCUACCUCCGCCAUUCAAGGGCCUUAAUCUUGAAGUGCCGGUCAACAUAAAUGCUUACGCCAUUUGCCUACUUCCAUAUAUAUUGCGCCUAAAGGCCAAUUUCUGCCUCUUCGUGGCCGACACUUGGCUCGUUUACAAUGACCACGUUGAGAAUAUUGCCGACAGUUACUACACCUGGCGCCUAAUCAUCUGUUUAAACCAUGCUUUGCAGCUCACCUUCGCCAUGGAGCUGUUGCUCCUCAUGAUACAGGGACUGAUGGGCUUGUGGCAGGCGUACCGCAUCUACAUGAUGCUAACCAAAUCUAAUAAAAACAAAGUGGCUGUUUUCGAACAGAACGCGGCAAAUAAGAGGAAAUUCUGGUACAAGCCCAGCGAAGAUGCCUUGGCCGUGUACGUAGCCGUCAGGGAGCGCGUUGUGGUCUACACUAUGUAAAGGGGAGACUAAGCAACCCAAACUCAAGUUUUGACACAACGAAAUACAAAGGCACUAAUGCAACCCUUAUAUUAGGAUUUAACAACUAACAGUGACUGAUAAAAACAAC